ACCUUAUACCCACGUGGGCGGAGGUGGAUAUGGAAACUUGUACCCGCCAUAGUUGGCGGGCAGGUGGCGGGUAUGGAAAAUUUAGGUGGAGGUGAGUGUAGAUUCAGGGGUAUCCGCAUUCGCCCCGCCCAUUUGCCAUCCCUAGAAUCUCCUGGCCGUCUCGGUCUCUAGCCAAGUUUGCCGGCUCUAGCUCAAAAAAGACAAAAAGUCCGUCUGUGCAAUUGCUCGGCUUCCCAAUCAUGUCCGCAAUCUCAACGUUGAUCUUCUCUGUCCUCCAUCACAAACCAAAAUCCCUCCAUAACUUAAAACAACUCCACGCCUUACUCAUCACCACUGGCCUUAAAUCUCCUUGUACAUUAGCCAAACUCAUCCAACAUUAUUUCUCUCUCUCUCCUCACCAAACUCCCAACCACUAUGCCCAUCUCAUCGUCAAUCAUGAAACUGACUGCCAACUUUUCCUUCUCAACACUUUGAUCAAAUGCAGCUUACCCAAAAACUCCAUUUUCAUUUUCGCCAAAUGGGUUUCACUUUCCUCCAUUGUUUUCGACGAUCACACCUUCAUUUUUGCACUUGGUGCUUGUGCUAGAUCGUCUACUCCAUCAUCGGCUUUAUAUGAAGGAAAACAAAUACAUUCUCGCGCUUUCAAACUCGGGUUUAUGGCCGACCUUGUUGUAUCAACAACUGCUGUGAAUUUUUAUGCAAGCAAGGGUUGUAUUGGUUUUGCUAGGAAGGUGUUUGAUGAAAUGCCUGAGAGAAGUAGUGCUACUUGGAAUGCGCUUAUUACAGGGUAUUCCUCGCAGAAACAUAACUCCCGUGAGAAUUCCAUGAAAGCAUUGGUAGCUUUUAAGGAUAUGAUGGGUGAUGAAUUGGGUGUAAAACCGAAUGGUGUGACUAUUGUUUGUGUGCUUUCUGCUGUUUCGCAGCUCGGUUCGCUAGAGAUUGGAAGUAGUGUUCAUGGUUAUAUAGUGAAAACGAUUGGCGCCUUCGAAAACGAUGUGUAUGUUGGUACAAGUUUAGUUGAUAUGUACUCUAAAUGUGGGUGUCUUAGUAUUGCAUCCGAAGUUUUUGCUAUGAUGAAGACCAGGAAUGUGCUUACUUGGACUGCAAUGGUUACAGGAUUAGCAUUCCAUGGGAAAGGGAAAGAAGCAAUGGAGUUAUUAAAAGAUAUGAAGCAAUGUGAUGUUAGGCCGAACUUUGUAACAUUCACAAGCGUUUUAUCUGCUUGUUGUCAUGUAGGACUUGUUGAAGAGGGCCUUAAUUUAUUUUACAACAUGGAGAGUGAAUUUGGUGUCGCGCCUCAGAUUGAGCACUAUGGAUGUAUUGUCGAUCUUCUUGGAAAAGCAGGGCAUUUGAGAGAGGCUUAUGAUUUUAUAGUUGGAAUGCGCACGAAAUCGAGUCCUGUCUUGUGGAGGAGUUUGCUUGGUUCGUGUAGGCUUCAUGGGGAUAUAGUGAUGGGUGAGAAAGUAGGGAAGGUGCUCCUUCAGCUCCAACCAGAUAUACACUUUGGGGAUAUAGGAGCUCCUAGUCGAGAUUAUAUAGGUCUUUCAAAUGUUUAUGCAUUGGCUAAAAGGUGGGAAGAUGUGGGAACAGUUAGGGGGGAGAUGAUGAUUAAGGGUUUAGAAGUCGAACCCGGUCAUAGCGAUAUCCAAUAAACGAUCUGGUUUUGGCUGGUUAAAUUUUUGAGCAUGAAAGAUUGGCUGAA